AUGAUGGACUAUGAAGCUACUUAUCCCACUAGCAUGUACCCCGAAAGUGGUGGUGCUACUGGAACAUACGAAGCAAUGCAGUCAAGAGCCUUGGAUUCUGAUCUUUUCUACGGGCAGAGAGAUUCUUCAGUUGUGAAUGGUGGAGUUUCUGUAACUUCAGCAACUAUAGCUACAUCGUCACCGUCUACAUACGCUUACAAUGGGGCUACUGCGGCCACCCAGACCACAACGACCAUACACUGGGGUAUACACGAUGCUUCUAUCCAGCCAGACUACCCGUGUGGGGUUUACUAUUCUACGGGCGUUGCUACCACUGACCUGCGGGAUAUUCAGCACACAGACUCCAUCCAACAACAACCUCCGCCACAACAUCACCAGCAGCAACAACACACGUCUCAACCCCAAGAACCUCAAAUCCACCCGGCUCAGUUGACCACCCUUCCAGAGAUUCACUCGCAUAACCACCACCAUCAUCACCAUCACCAUGCUUACUCUUAUAACAUCCACCCACAUGGACAACCGACACAAAAUCCACACCCGCAUUCAACUCCCAAUUCAACAUUGACCCCAACAAGGGUUAACCCUUCAACAAACUACACCGGCUCCGAUAUCUACGGAGAAUCGAUCAAAUACCAUAAUAUGGCACACUACCACCGCCCGGCCAGGACGCGUUCUCGCCAAAGUAAUGGUCACACGGAUUCUAGCCGGGAGGGUGCCACCGAGAGGGAACGAACCCGGAUGCAUAUGCUGAAUGAUGCCUUUGACGAUCUUCGGAGGGUGGUACCGAAGUCGAACUUAAGCGAACAUCAGAAACUCUCCAAGAUUGCUACUCUCCGAUUGGCCAUCCAUUACAUCUCGGCUCUUGCAAGCAUCCUGAAAAGCACAGGAGCCGAGAUUAAACUAAUUAAGGAUACCACAGCUAUUGAUGGAAGAGGCCGACGACGCACUGGACGCAAACGGAAAAUUACCUACGAUGGUAUCGUGAAAGGUUAA